AUGUUAUAAGUUGAAAGAAUAUUAAGGCCAAGAAAAUCAAUUUCAAAAAGCUUAAUCUUGUAAUAACAAGAGCCUUUGGAAUAAGAUAACACUGGGAAAGCCAAAGAGCACUUUAAUCACAUAAGAUAAAAGCUCAAAGUAAUCCAUCAAGCAGGGUCACCUAGUCCAUCUCCUAAGGAAGAGAAUAAGAAAUAGUAACCCAGCAGAAGAGACAAGAAAGGUAAGAAAUUGAAAUAAUAAAAACCUCUUUAUUAAUUGGAUGUUUCAGAUAUUAAUUCUUCAAUUACAGAUGAAUCUUUUGAUGAUGAUGCCAAAAACUAGUUCUUGAUUGCGAAAGAAAAUUUAAAAAAAUUAAGUAAACAAUCCAAUCAAAAUAAAAAUGCAUCAUCCUUCAUUAAUUCUCCUCUAUAACAAUAAUAAGGGAAGAAUGAUUCCUUGCCAAUUGAAUCUCAGUAAGGAAUAGAAAAUCAAUUUGAUUAAGAAAAAAUCAAUAUUAAUUUUGUGAAAUCUUUAGAACACAAUAUUGAUUCCAAAAAUAUUCAAGAGAGUUAUGAAGAUGGAUAUUUAAAUAUUCAUAUUUUAAGUGAUGACUUGUAAACCUUUUUGAGAUAUGAACAUGAAGUUCAGGAGAUGAUCCACAGAUCUCAGUAAUUUGUCAAUAAUAAACAAAUGCAUCAAGGAUUAUAAGAUGAAAUAGAGAAUUAUGAAUUCUGUUUGAAUAGAUAGAAAUUAGAAAGAGAAUAGAAGCAAAAAGAAUUUGUUCAGAAAAUAAUACUACAAGAAUAACAGAAGUAAAACGUAUUACAAAGAGCCAAAACCAAAAAAAUUGAUGAUAUAGCUAAUAAAUUUAUAGACCAUCGCCACAUUGAUUCCAAAAAUGAUCCAUUAAAUUAAGCUCAUCUAAGCAGAAGAAAAAAAGAAGAGCAGUAAUGA